AUGUUGUUCCGUAAUUAUACCCUCCUAUUGGUGUAUUUUUCGAGAAAGGUUGCGGAGGAAUUCGUUUUGCUAAUAUUACAUUGUUUAUCAAAAUUGGCAGAUAAUUUUAUAAAUUUAAACUCAUUUAACAUUCAUGCAAAAUUUGUCUAUUCGUGUGGCGAUAAUCCUUGGCCUAAUAUUGCUGUGGUUUAA